UUCGAUUCGAUUGCCAAUAUCCGAAAAGGAAAUUGCGAAAACAAUGCAAAAAUCAGCCGUGUUUUCGGUCUCGUUUCGUUGUUAUCAAAACACAUUUCGGGUAAUCGCGUAUCAAUAAUUCCGUGUUUUCAUGCCUCGUUGGCACUUGUGUUUUUAUCACAUUAGCUUAAAAGCUUCCCCUUUCUGUUUUAGGUAGCAUUUUAAAUGUGUUAGUCUCCAUUUAGUGCCUCUUUCAGCCUCGAGCAAGUAGGAACAGUGGUUAUUGUUUACAUUCAACUAACUAGGGUUACACCAUGAUCCUUGUUUUUUCUUGCAAAUUCUAAGCAAUGGAGAGUAUUUUUCCGAUUCUCUUACCACGAAAAGUAAACUUUUGAAGGUAUGAAUGCUACCAUGUACCAUGAGCCGAACGAAUCUCUGUCGGCUAAUCAUCAUGGAUACAAAAGUUAUGAUGUGUCUUCAGCGGUUGAUGAUACGUCUUACAAGAAGAACUUGAUCUCCAUCAAUGAUCCUGUGCCUCGAACAGCGCACAGAAAUGAUACUAAAGAAGGGCUACUCAAUGUUCGAGCCCUUUUUUUUCUAGUGCUUUGGUAUGUGUUCAGUGGAUGCACUCUUUUUCUCAACAAAUACAUUCUUCACUAUCUGCGGGGUGAACCCAUCAUUCUAGGAACUUGUCAGAUGCUGAUGACCACUCUGCUUGGGUUUGUACAAAUGUACUUUCCUUGUGGAAUGUAUAAACCAAUGAAACGCUUGCUCCGACCCCCAGGAUUUUACAAGCAUAUGGUUUUGGUUGGAUGCACCAGGUUUAUGACGGUGAUUUUGGGUUUAGUAUCACUCAACUAUGUUGCUGUGAGCUUCACAGAGACCGUUAAAAGUUCUGCUCCUCUCUUUACCGUUGUUAUCUCAAGAUUACUUUUAGGUGAAUACACCGGGCUGUAUGUCAAUCUUUCUCUUAUUCCUGUCAUGACAGGACUAGCUUUGUGUUCCAUGAAUGAAUUAAGUUUUAAUAUGAUAGGUUUUUUUGCUGCAUUGGCCACAAAUUUAACAGAAUGUUUACAGAAUGUUUAUUCUAAAAUGCUGAUCAGUGGUGAAAAUUUCAAGUACACACCAGCUGAAUUGCAGUUCUACACAAGCAUAGCAUCAAUCAUUGUACAAAUUCCUGCAACCUUGUUUCUAUUAGACUACUCCGAAAUUCGAGAAUCAAAGCAUCCAUUUACGCUGUUUUGUUUCUUCCUACUGAAUGGUGCUUUUUUCCAUUUCCAGUCCAUCACUGCCUAUGUUUUGAUGGACUAUGUUAGUCCUGUUACACAUAGUGUCAUUAAUACAGUUAAAAGAGCUUUCCUUAUUUGGCUGUCUGUAAUACUUUUUGGAAACAGUAUUACUUUACUUAGUGGUCUAGGAACAGCUAUUGUGAUAAUAGGAGUAAUGCUUUACAAUAAAGCACAAGAAUUAGACAAGAAAUAUAGGCUUUUAGCUGCGGAGAAUUCACCUCUUUUUCCACCUGAUCUUUCUCAUAAAGUGAGGACAAUUUAAAAAACCUUCAUCUCCUGUUCUCCGGUGUAGAAAUCCAUCAACUUGGAGUUUGUAUCAUCUCUAAUUUCUACCUGUUAAUUGUAAUUUAUUUAUUUUUUCUAGUUGAAAUAUUCCUUGUGAUAUAACCUCUUUUUUAAGGUCCUUGAAUUUCUUUCCCCCUGUUUUUAAUGUGAUCCAAUGUCCAAUCGAUUAAUUGCUGGUUGAUUGAUCUGUCAAAUUAAGUUGAAACUUUGCAAUUUAUCUCUGUCCAAUAUUUUAAUUGUUUUCUUUUUUUAUUUCCUCUUCAAGCACGUUUAUUUUGAUUUUAUUAUGUAAUUUUGUCUAUAAGAAAUCCUUUUUUUGAAAUUUGUAGAUGCUUCUUGACAUCUCUUCAUCUUUUUACUUGACUAAAUUUAAUUGAAGGGAACCACCUGAAACUUGAACAAAAAAUGGGGUGAGUGCCAAGAUUCUGGUACUCCUCAUCACUAAUUAAAAAGUUAAUGUUAAGUAGUAAUUUUGUGAGACUAUCUAACUGAUUUAGAACAAUUAUGGUAGAUAAUUUGGUGUUUCACCAUCUCUAAGUCAGAAGUUGAAGGGAGCAUCUUAAAAUUUGGUAUCUUUGGUAGCUAGGGAGAGCUAACUUAACAUGUAUUUUGAAAAUUCUCUUUUUAGAGUUUUUCUUUUUGAGUCAACCAUGAUGCAUGAAUUUCUCUAACUAUGCAUUUAAAUGUAAUCUUCUCUGAAGUUUGCACAUUUCAUCUCAAUUUUUUUUUCUUUUUUCUAAAUCCUUGUAAAUGAUGUAAGAUUCAGGACCAUAGAGGUAUCAUUUUAGAGGGUUAAAAAACUUACUUAAUCGUUCCUAUACAUUGAUAUCUCGUUGCCUUUGAGUGAUGAAUAAUAAUGGGUCUUCAGACACAGUUUGAAUUAAAAAGAAAGUUGCAUGUUUUCUCUUCAAAGUCUUAUGUAGAAAACAGUGCACGUUAUAGGAGUUUGGUGGACAAGAUGUCUACACGUAUUAUUUUUUAACCUAGAUUACUUGGAAGUUAGAUUUUAAAAAUGAUGUCAUUUUUACUUUUUCAAUCGAACCAAUGUUAAGUGGGUACUGUGAACACUGGAAUCUUUUUUAGGAAUUGAUUACUAGCACUCAUGCUGUGCAAUUUCGUUCAACGUGCUCUGUAAUUUUGAAGGAGAACAUGUUACACAGUGCUUCAAUUCAGACCUUGUCUGAAGACCUAUUCCAUAUUAAGCAUAAUUAUGUUGCAAAAGAUGUGUAUUUUCUUGCAAAAUGGAAAGUAGCCAUCCUUUAUUGAUUGUUAGACUUGAACAUUAGCAUUUUAAUUAGCUCCAGAAAACUCAACCGUUUCUGAAUAAUGAGCGCAAUCAAAAUAUGAAAUCUUUGUCAAUUAGUUGAUGCAAUGACCAUAAGAGCCUCAAAAGUGCAGCUCAGCUGUCUUCUGUGUGCACCCAUGAAUGACCCAUAUCUCUACAGAGAAAUUAUGUGAUACGCUGGCGACUUUAAAACUUGCACCGCAUAAUGCAGUUAUAAAUGCAAACAUUCUAUAAAAUCAAAAUUGAGUUUGAAAUCAUCAGAACUGUUGUAUCUAAUUUAUAUUGCUUUUUCUUGAUAAGGUGCUCCACGCAUUUGGAUUUUGUGGACUGAAAUUUAUAUCUAUUUUGCACCAUUGUGAACCUUUUGUCUCAACAUCAGAAAUUUCAUUGUAUCUAGCCAUGUCAUAUCUGACGCAUUACGCACAAAAUCUUUGCCAAAUCAGCACUGGUCACUGCCUUCUUUUAAAACCCUUUCAUAUCCAUUUGCAUUCAAAUUAAUGCUAAUGGAAGCCUUUUGUCAAUGAUAUCUGAUGAAAUCAGGUUCUCAGCAAGAAUAAGAUCUUGAUUGCUAAAAUUAAAAAUCCAGUUUCUAGAAAUUUUUUUUCAGAUUUUACCAUUUAUUGAUACAUCACUGUAAAUAUAUAACUUGUCUAAUUAUCUAAGCAUCUAAUUAGCUUAUUGUAUCGUAAGGGCAGUGCUAGAACAAAUGGGUCUAAGGAUCAAUUUUUUGUCUUAAUUUCUUGGUGAUAGUGAAGUGAAAUUUUUCCGGGAAGACCAAGGUGCAUGGUUGUUUUCUCUUCUUAUUUUGUGCUCUGUUACAUCUUUUUCAUUAAUGCAGGUGCUGUUUGAUUGAGAUUUUUAAAUCACCCUCAAAAUAGCAAUCCUUUUGAAUGCUCUUCAGGUGAAAUAAAGUAGUCGGCUGCCCCCCCAUAAAAGAGAAUAUUUAAUACUGAAAAGUCUCCUUCUCCUAGUGACUUUUCAAAUUUUUUCCAUUAGAUCUUCAUAUCACAGUAUUCAUUCCUCUUAGCUUCUCUACCUUGAAUCUCACAUUUACUUGCUUCAUUUUUUUAAAUCGGCCAAGUGGGAGAGGAGCUAAGAUUCUAUUUGUUUUCGUGCAAUCCCUCAGCGGUUCCAUUUGCUACUUUCCGCUGUUAACUUUAUGCACAGUGAAUCAGACUUCAAUGUUGGAAGAACAUUGUUUUAUGACGGCUCAUUCCACCUCUGCAUUCUGUCCGAUCCUUGAAUUCAUUAUUCAAGUCGAUUUUUGUUUGUACUUUUAAAUGAAAUUCAUUUCAACCUCAUUGUAAUAUUAACAGCAUUUGAGUAUACUUUCUUAGUAGAACUUUGAUUCAGUAUACUUCAGUUAAUUGGAUCCUUGUUUGAUGGUCUGUUAUAAAAGUUUAUAAAUGAAAUGAUAAAUAUUCUUCUGUGAACAUUGAAAAGGCAAAAAGCCGUUGAUUAGAAACAUCUAGGUUUUUGAAGAUUGCUGUCAAAGAACCUAGAGCCCAACGUUAAUGUUACAUUUACUUUACCUCGAAAUCCUAAUUUAGAAAUUUUAACCUCCAGGAUAGACAUUUAAAAAAAUAAUUUGGAAGACAACAAACUAUUAAACAUUUUCAAGCAUUUGAUGUAUCAUAAAUAAUGCCAAAUCUAUUUUGAAGCUUUUGACAAUUGUUGCCUCUACCAGCGUUUUCUUUUUGGGUAGAUACAAGAAGAAAUUAAAGGUAUCCUCUCGCAACGUUUUUCCUUGUGGGAGGCUUUCGCCAUUGGUAAUUUCGAUCACAAUCUGAUUUUAAAACCUUUUUUCCUGAAUUGCUCAUUCAAAUUAACUGCAUUGUCUUACUUUUUCUGUAUUAAUGAUCUAUUAUUACUGUUUUUAUUCCUUAGAAAAUUUUUGUACGUAUUUUCAUGGCCUUACAAUGAGGUACUCGGAUUUAAAAGAAAGAAAGAAAAUAGAUGAUUCAAGUAUGAUGCUGCUCAUCAGAAGGACCAUUACGAUGGAAGUUAUGACAUUCCAAAAUUUAAGUCAAAAUUGGUUUAAAAUUUCAAUUUUUGAUUCCUCUGAUUUCAUGUCAGAUUACUUAAUGAAUAAUAAUCAAACUAAGGUCUUUCCCAAUUAAGUGUCAUUGCAUGAAAGCAUGCCUAUUCUUGUUUCAUGCUGUUACUGAAGCAUUGACCUGACUUUUUUGGCCUUUGAUUCCCCUACUUUUGAUGAGAGUUUUUGUAUUUCUGAUCUUUACUUAGCAUUUUAAGACUAAUGAAAUAAAAUUCUUAGACUUUCUGAAAACUGUAGAAAACUAAGUGACACUCAUAAUGAAGGAAAAUAAAGCAAAAAACUGGAAGCACAAGUCGUUUUACUAAUUACUUGUGUUUCAUCAGAAUCAGUGUUCAAGAAUAGUCUAGGUGGUAUGUUAAGUGUGGUCGACAGGGCAAACAGCUGAUCUGACAAAAAAUUUGAAAAUUAUUUUCUAGAAUCAUCUACUCUUGUGAAGUAGCCUUUUUUCGAUUGAAAAAUACCUCUUUUUACAUGCGUAAUUUUGUCUUUUCUUAAUUUUUAUCAUUACCACCCUCAAACCUUUGUGAUUUUUUUUCUAAUAAAGCAGCAAUAAAAUUGCUUCAAGAUA